AUGGUAUAUCUUGGGAACUCACCUUUUAGGGGCAAAAAGGAACAGGCGGCAUAUGACAAGACGUUUGCCGGUCGGUACCAGAAGCUUUUGCGCAAAAACCACUUCCUUUAUUUUGGACUUCCCUUCAUGCUCAGCAUAGUGGCAGGAUCGCUUUAUCUUCAGAAGUUCACGGCGUUGAAAUGGGAGAGAUUCGAUGAAAAAUACCGCCAGUUGAACGAGGAGGAGAUGCUAGGUAUGAUUGAGAAGAAGCGCAAUUUCGACAAGAGAGACGAUUUCUACAGAUUGCAAGGCUUGUUGAAAGACCAUAGCACGGAUGUGAGCGACGAUUACGAAAUCGUCCGCGUGGAGAGGAAAAAAGAAGAUGAACCCGUGUGGUGGAGAUCAGGAUAA